AUGCCACAGACUGAGAGUGAGAGGUUGAAGAGUGGGCGGCUGAACAGUGGUAGACAGCAGCAGCAGCGAGAUCGGCGGGGUGAACACGGAGAGGAGCCAGACACACGUACCAAUCCAAAUGAUUCUGUCUCACCUCGGCUCUAUGCUCGUACCUCUGUUACUCAGAUGGGUUUCCCAUUGAUGAUUAGACCUGGAGGUCCACUUAUGGCCUCAUCUCAGCUCCAAAGCAUACUGUUACAGCAGUGUUCCAGUGAGGAGGAGGGGAGACCGUUCCUGCAGCGGGUGUCUCGGUGCUCCCAGUUGAGCCAGCACAGACCCUCUGUCCUACGCCAGGGUGUCCUGGCUGCCCACGUACGACCACAGGCGGCCGGUUCAGCUCAACCCAUAUCGCUGUGCAAUGGGGAGGUGUACACAGGGAGCCGUGGACAGUCCUCACCCCCACACUCUGAGCACUCUCCUGGGCCCACUCGUCACCCCUCUCCCCUGAGGAGAGCCAGUCCUAAGCAGAACUCCAUCAUCACCAGGCAUCAUGAGCCAGGUCACCCAACCCUACGGAGCUCCAGUGCUCUGUUUCUCAACGGACUCUGCUGCUGGCCAGGCUGCGAUGCGGUAUUUGAAGAAUUUCCCCAUUUUUUGAAACACCUCCAUUCUGACCAUGGCCAUGGAGACAGAAGCAUUGCACAGUGGAGGGUACAACAAGACAUGGUGCAAUACAUGGAGACCCAGCUGACUGUGGAAAAACAGAAACUCUUUGCAAUGCAACUCCAUCUGCACCUGUCUGAACACAAAUCAACUGACAUGAAGGCAGGUUCAGAUUGGCCCUACAGCCACAGCCUGGCACUAGUCCUGCCCCAGAACCCAUCCCCGGCCUUGGCAGCAGAUGGAGUGCCACGCUGCGCCACUAAAGAGCCAGAGGAGCUGGCACAGCAUGAGUAUUGGCCCGCUGCCACUCCCCACCACCUACUCCCAGAUCUUGUCCCGAGUGUUGAGUGUUAUAAAUACAACAACAUCCGGCCUCCGUACACCUACGCCUGCCUGAUAAGAUGGUCUAUACUGGAGUCUCCAGACAAGCAGCACUCUCUGAAUGACAUCUACAACUGGUUCACCACAAUGUUCUUCUACUUCCGACACAACACGGCCACAUGGAAGAACGCUGUCCGUCAUAAUCUUAGCUUGCACAAGUGUUUUGUGCGAGUGGAGGGAGGCAAGGGGUCUGUCUGGACAGUGGAUGAAAUGGAAUAUCAAAGGAGAAAGGGACAAAAAUAUCACAGGGAUCAUCAUGUGAAAUGGUUGGCACCCUUCUCCUUAUUCCGUCCAGAAGAACCUUGA